UGUGUUUAUUUCAUUCAGAAUCCUUUGUGGAGGUUAUGGGCAUCUCCACCAUCAGAACUCAAGACAGAAAUUGUUCCUUAACUUUAUGUGUCACAUAGAAACGAAUGUACAUUUUCUUAAACAGAGUUUAUGCUUUGCAGUGAGCAUCGUGGUUAUCCUAUCUUGAUUUUUUGAGUUAUUAUUGAGAUCGCGGUAUUGGUGGUUGUUCUCUUUGAAUGAUUGCUCCAGAGAGGAGAAAUUCUCUAAUCUUGCAAUGGAAACUUUAAAGAAUCAAAACCCAUUGCAAUUCUGUUCAACAGAAGUUGGAAACCAAGAACAUCAUUCUGAAUUACAAGUUUCCAAGGUGAUUUCUUCUGCUCAUGCAAAUGCGAGUUUGAACUCUGCAGGGAAUAAUUUUUCAGAAGCCAAACCCGUGCAUAAUUACUCUAUACAAACUGGUGAGGAAUUUUCUCUGGAAUUUAUGCGUGACCGGGUCAAUCCCAAGAAACCUGUUUCAGAUGUCGCCGGUAAUUCCAGUAAUGCAUCUAGUCACUUGGAGCUAAAAGGAAUUCUGGGCAAUAAUCAUACUGUAUCAGAAAGUGGCUCAGCUAUCACCAUGAUGUCUACUGCGGAAAAAGAUCUGAAAGAAUUUGAACGGAAUAAUUUUUCUUUGCAUGGGGACAAGUUUAACAAUGGUUCUUUCCAAUCGAUGCAAUCAGCACCAUGUUCUUUAUCAGGUCAGAACAGCCAGUGCACACUUGUUUAUGCUAGAUCUGGAACUUCUUAUAGCUCAUCAACUAAGCUUAAGGUUCUCUGCAGCUUUGGUGGAAGAAUCCUACCUCGGCCAAUUGAUGGAAGGCUCAGAUAUGUUGGUGGAGAAACACGCAUCAUUCGAAUACAUAAAGGCAUUACCUGGAAAGAAUUAUGGCAGAAGGCUAUUGCAAUUUAUGACGAAACAUGGGCUGUAAAAUAUCAGCUUCCUGGGGAGGAGCUUGAUGCUUUAGUUUCUGUGUCGAGUGAUGAGGAUGUGUUGAACAUGAUGGAGGAGUGUGAUGUUCUUGAAGAUGGAGAAGGUUCAAAAAAGCUUCGGAUGUUUCUAUUCUCUCUUGGGGACUUGGAUGAUGCUCAUUUCAGUCUGAUCAACUCUGAAUGUGAUUCUGAGAUGAAAUUUGUGGUUGCUAUCAAUGGAAUGGGCAUUGGAUCUCGAAAAGACUCUACUCUAUGUGGUUUAGCAAACUUUUCAGGAAAUAACUUGAACAACUUGGAUGCACGGAAUCAAGAUAAGGUUACAAGUUGGAAUGCCACUCAAUCUGUAGCGACUGUUAGGAAUUCAACACUGCCGACUUUUGUUGGCCCCUCAAGGGAAAUUGAACCUUCUAAUUCAAAUUUACGUACUUCCUCCACAGUUUGUGAAACUGAUUUGCUGUCAGAUAAUGGUCAGACAGUCAACCACAAUCAAGAAAGACAGCAACGUUCUCAAUUUGGCUAUAAUGUUCCCACUUCAUAUUACAAUCAUUCUGAAAUUUCUACACAACAAUCUUCUAAUGGGAUUGUCUCUGAUCAGAAGGGACUUGAAGGAAAGUCGCUAGAUAGCUUGGGAUCGCAAGGUACAAAACCCCAAGAGACAGACACUAUACAGAAAGUUGAUGGCAUAAUUCGACAAGAGCGUGAUAAUAAGGACAUGUGUGCAAAUGAGAGCUUUGUUCCUUCACAGGUUCACAGUGAUAAACCUGAUCCUAGUUUUCCAGUUGAAGAGUCAUGUAUGGUCCCUAAACUGGAUAGGGAACUAUCUUCAAAGAGUUCAAAAGGCACAGGGAAACCAGAGGAGCAUGUCCAGGUCUCUAAACCUCUUGGUGCUUCCACCCCUGAUCUUCCUACAUCUAGUAACAAUGAGUCUUUUAAAUCUGCUAAUGGUCCUGCUCCUGAUUCCAUUAUAUCAGAGUCUGGUUCUACCAAUUUGAGUUACUUUGGGUCUUCUAAUCCUCCUCCGAGGAUCUUCCGUUCUGAGUGGGUUCCACGAGAGCAAUCAGAAUCGCUUGGUAGAAUAUCUAAGUCUGAUGAUUCACGUAGUUCUCAGUUUCUAGUUAAUCAGCCGGAGGCUGAUAUAUCCCAGCGGGAUUUAGAUAAGUCAUCUAUUGAAAACUUGGACAAAGGGAAUGCGAAUAUCUCUACUAAAAAGUCAACUUCUACUGAACGGCCUUUCCCUCAGGAACAUGAAACUACUGAUGAUGGCCUUGCUAAUACUCAGAAGCUGGCACAUACGGAUCCCCUUGAUGCUCAAGGUUUCAUCCAUGAAAAUCACUUCCUUAAGACAGAAACAGAACAGUUGUCGAAGCUUCCUACUGUGUGUCCUGAAGAUUCUAUUGAGCACUCUGAAAAUUCUUUGCUUGGUUUGGUUGAUGAAAUUGGUAGUCAGGAAGUUGCUAAUGAUGUUCAUGAGUAUUCACAGCCAUUAGCAUUGGCAGGGAAUGUGGAAGAACCCAGCGGUGCUCCUGAGACCAAGCAGGGCGAUAUUCUCAUUGAUAUCAGUGACCGAUUCCCUUCUGAUCUUCUUUCUGAUAUAUUUUCAAAAGCUUUUCUUUCAGAUAAUGCAUCUGAUUUUGGUCCACUACAGAAAGAUGGUGCUGGUGUGAGCAUGAACAUAGAGAACCAUGAUCCUAAACGCUGGUCCUUCUUCCAGAGGCUGGCAGGGGAUGAGUUUACAAGAACGGAUGUUUCUCUUAUUGAUCAAGAUCAUAUAGCAUUCUCUUCUGGACUUAAAAAACUUGAAGAUGAGACUCCUUUGGCAUAUGACUUUGUACCGAUGAUGAAAGAUGGAGUUCUUCCAAGUCACAUGGAAGUGCAGGAUAAUCAUGACGAAGAUGGUCAGAAUGGUCUUCCAGGAGAAAAUGGAGUUGCUUCUACAGCUACUUCUCAUUAUAAUGCAUCUCAAUUGAAAGAUGGAUUUGGAAUUAUUGGCUUACCUCCUCUAGAUCAUUCCUUGGCUGAUUUUGAUAUCACCGCGUUACAGAUCAUAAAAAAUACCGAUCUUGAGGAGCUGAGGGAGCUUGGGUCUGGGACAUUUGGGACAGUGUAUCAUGGAAAAUGGAGAGGCUCAGAUGUGGCCAUCAAGCGGAUAAAAAAGAGUUGCUUCACUGGUCGUCAGUCAGAGCAGGAGAGACUGACAUUCGAGUUUUGGAGGGAAGCUGAAAUCCUGUCAAAGCUUCACCACCCAAAUGUGGUUGCUUUUUACGGUGUUGUACAAGAUGGACCAGGGGGAACAUUGGCUACUGUGACAGAGUACAUGGUCGAUGGUUCUUUAAGACAUGUUUUACUUCGGAAGGAUAGACAUCUUGAUCGUCGCAAGAAGCUCACUAUCGCCAUGGAUGCAGCUUUUGGAAUGGAAUAUUUGCAUUCGAAGAAUAUAGUGCACUUUGAUCUGAAAUGUGAUAAUUUGCUCGUCAACUUGAAAGAUCCUUCAAGACCUAUAUGCAAGGUGGGCGAUUUUGGCUUAUCUAAAAUAAAGCGGAACACCUUGGUUUCUGGGGGAGUGCGGGGAACUCUUCCAUGGAUGGCUCCAGAGCUCCUUAACGGAAGUAGCAAUAAAGUAUCUGAGAAGGUUGAUGUUUUUUCUUUUGGUAUUGUCUUGUGGGAGAUUCUCACUGGGGAGGAGCCUUAUGCCAACAUGCAUUAUGGUGCAAUCAUAGGUGGCAUCGUAAACAACACAUUGAGGCCUACCAUUCCAAGCUACUGCGAUUCAGAGUGGAGAAGAUUAAUGGAGGAGUGUUGGGCCCCAAAUCCAUCCCUGAGACCUUCGUUUACUGAAAUAGCUAGCCGGUUACGCGUAAUGUCCUCUUCGACCCAGACAACAAAGAAGGCAGGUUCAUAGUCAGUACAUUGUUGAUUUUCAAUAAAUGUACGUGCAAUAUCGCUGAGAGCCAACUGUUGAUGUUUGUAUGCAUUGAAAGAGAAGAAUACAGUUUAGAAACGAUUCAACUAUAUUGGGACGACCCAAAAGUAAAUAUGACUCAACUAUCUUGGAA